AUGCGAUAUGUUGAUGCUUAUACUUUAGAGCAUGAUCCUUGGCCAAGUAAUACCUCUCUUUUAAUUAUACCAGGAGGAAGGGACCUAGGCUACUGUGGUUCAUUCAACGACCUUAUAUAUCGAAAAAUUAUAGACUUCGUUCGUCGGGGUGGAAGCUAUCUUGGUCUAUGUGCAGGUGGCUAUUUUGCGUCAGCCAAUGUCGAAUUUCGCAUGCCUAAUAAAGAUUUAAAUGUUAUCGGAUCAAGAAAGCUCCAGUUUUUCCCAGGUACUUGUGCCGGUCCAACGUUUUCCGGAUUUGCCUAUGAUAGUGAAGAGGGAGCAAGGGCUGCUCCUUUGACACUAGAGAAAAUGGAAGGCUCUUCAAGAACGACUCGUAUUUAUUAUAAUGGGGGUGGAUCAUUCAUAAAUGCUGAGUCUUAUCCCAAGGUUCGAGUUGUAGCACGCUAUUCCGAAGUGGAACAAGAACGUUCAGCAGCAAUCAUAUAUAUACCCAUGGGUAAAGGACAUGUCAUAUUGACAGGUGUUCAUCCAGAGUUUGGCGCAGAUGCUAAUAAUGUACUCGAUGAAAGCGAUGAACCAAUGCGAUUAGAACUCAUCGCGCAUAUGUUGAAACUUUUACAAAUUAGAAUACCCCAGAAUAUUUCGCAGUGCUGUGCUCAACCAAAAGUGACUGAUCAGUAUUUGUUUCCUUGCAAUGAAUCCACAAAUUGGUUGUUUGACGGGUUCAAGGAAGAUGAAAUCCAUAAGACACUUUAUGAUAAAACCUACAACUUUCAUUUUAAAGAUAUUUCAGACCGUCAUAAAGUAUCAAAUUUUCCCGCAAUGGAUCAUGAUCCAACUGCUGAGUCAGAUCAGGAAACAAAACCAUCUGUCUCAAUUUGCUAUGGUAAUGAGAAAAUCGGAUACGAGCAUACAAAGUCUCAUUUUGACUACAAUUUGUAUCAAGAACACUUGAAAGAUUGUCAUUUUGGCUCGCCAAUUCUUAUAUCUCCUGUCAUUCGUUCAACCCAAACACUUUUUGAUAGCAACCCAAAAUUCCUUGAAAAGCUCCCAACGGGAUUUACCGCUUUUGCUAAUUACCAAACAGCAGGAAGAGGAAGAGGGCAAAAUAUGUGGGUUUCCCCUUAUGGAGUACUAGCUUUUUCUUUUGUUGUGAACGUUCCAUCCCGUAAUUUUAGUACGGUUCCUGUAGCUCUGUUUCAGUAUCUUAUGGCCCUGUCCGUCGUAAAUGGUAUUCGAAAUUAUGCUCCUGGUUAUGAGAAUAUGCCCGUCUUUAUUAAGUGGCCCAACGAUGUGUAUGCCGCUGUUAAUGAAGGUGGAACUUUCUAUCAAGAAAAGAGAUAUACGAAGAUUUCAGGUAUAAUCGUUACAUCUACAUAUGAAAAGGAUGUUUUACAUUUGGUAAUUGGAUGUGGAGUAAACGUGAGUAACCUGGGACCUACAGUGUCUUUGAAUACACUGGUCGACGAAUGGAAUGCUCAAUAUCCAGAUCAACCCUUACAGCAUUUCCAGUUUGAAAUUCUGUUAGCUAAGAUUUUUAAUUACUUUGAGUAUUAUUAUUACACGCUUCUUCAAGAAGGGUUUGCUCGAAUUUUGCCAGAAUACUACCAGUACUGGUUACACGAUGAGCAGGUUGUCAGUUUGUCGAGUGGCGAAAAGGCUAGAAUUAAAGGAAUUACAUGUGAUUUUGGUUUACUAAUUGCUGAGCUUCUUAAUGAUUCCGGAAUCGCUAAUCGCAAAGAUAUUUAUCUACAGCCUGAUGGAAAUAGCUUCGAUUUGAUGAAGAACUUAAUUACUAAGAAAGCAUAA